AUGGCCUAGCCCGAGAAUGGGUUCCGGUAUUUUCAACGAAACGAUUAACGGACACGUCAACGACUGAGGACGGUUUCUCCAGGCAGCGUUUCCCCAGCGCGGUCACAUAAGUCCGGCAACACACAGGAGAGCGCCCAACGGAAACCCCCCACACUUCCCGUUCCCAGCGCGGCAGAGGCCGCGGGCCGCAGCCCCGGCGAGUGCUCGGGCGCGCACGCCGCCCCGGGCUCGCGCCGCCCCGCCCCCAACCGUCCGUCGCCCGCCCUCCGCCGCCCCCUCUCCGGGACCCCCUGGCGGUGCUGCUCCCAGACCCCCUCGCGGCUGGAGGGACCCGGACGGGCCCGAGGUCGCGGUUAGCCGGGGGAAGCCGGAAGAGACCGGGAAGCCGGGGAGAGCUGCCGAGGGUGGCGGAGCCCGCCUUGUACGCCCAGCGAGGGAAGGGGGAGAGAAGGAGGCAGAGUUCAGCGCGGGUGCGCGAGGAAGGGAGCUCGGGCCCGACUCGAGCGGGGGCUCAGGAUCGAGACUGGUGGGCCAGGCCCCCGAGCCGGCGUCACACCCCCAUCCGAAGAAGACAGGCGGACACAUGGCCUCGCCAUUCCUGCCUUCGGGGGCCACCACAGGCGACAGCGGCGGGGAGCUGAGCUCGGGGGACGACUCUGGGGACGUGGAAUCCCUCCAGAGCCCGGAGACCGAGGCGUCCAGGAGCCUGACAGAGCUGUUUGAGAAGGCUGCCGCGCGCCUCCAAGGCCUGGUUCAGGUGGCCAGCCGGGAGCAGCUCCUGUACCUGUAUGCCAGGUACAAGCAGGUCAAAGUCGGAAAUUGCAAUACUCCUAAACCAAGCUUCUUUGACUUUGAAGGAAAGCAAAAAUGGGAAGCAUGGAAAGCACUUGGUGAUUCAAGCCCCAGCCAAGCAAUGCAGGAGUAUAUAGCCGUAGUGAAAAAAUUAGAUCCAAGUUGGAAUCCUCAGUUUUCUGGCAGGGAGACAGAGAGGUCACCAGAGAAGAAAGGAAGAGAAACAAAUACUGGUUUUGGUGGGCCAGUUGUUAGUUCUCUGUAUCACGAAGAAAUCAUCAGGGAAGAAGACAAAAACAUAUUUGAUUACUGCAGGGAAAAUAACAUUGACCACAUAACCAGAGUCUUCAAAUCAAAAAAUGUGGAUGUGAAUAUGAAAGAUGAAGAGGGCAGAGCUCUACUCCAUUGGGCUUGUGAUCGAGGACAUAAGGAACUAGUCACAGUCCUGCUACAACAUAGGGCUGAUAUUAACUGUCAGAUUGUUUUGGCUAUUCUGGGCCCCUUGAAUUUUCAUUUGAAUUUUAUAAUCAACUUUGCAAUGUUUGGAGGUCAAGAGGAAAGCCUAGACAUCCCCUGGCCGGUAGUAGACAAUGCUCUUCUUCCUCACCCGGGUGGUGUCGACAGAGGCGGAGCAGAAACCCUGGACUUUCACCUCCUGCCCAGUGGUUGCAGGCAGUGCUUCCCUUCUCCCACAAGGGUGGUAUCAGUGGAGGCCAAGUGGUAAACUUGGACAUCUACCCUGCACUCUAGAAAUAAAAGCAGUAAUAAAAUGGUACUUACCCCCUUUCCAAAUAGAAAGUGGUGCUGUUGAGGAGGGGUGGGGUAGUAUUUCAGAGAAGAGGAAGCUGGGGAAAGGGAUUCUUUAAACUUGUGUAUGGAAUCCUAGAAAGAUCCCAAAGUGACUCACACAUUAAACUGACUGGAAUUAACACACCAAAAGGUUUGAAAACUGAAGUACAGUGUGGAAUACUGCUCAUGUUUUCACAUUGACCUCUAGGUAGCACACAAACAAAGCAGGCCAGAAUAUCACUUUAAGAACUCUGAAAACUAAAUUGUCGUUGGAACCCAGGUCAUAAAAAUAGGCCAGGACCUGCAUGAGAAAUUCAUAUGGGGAGACUGCCUGCUAAAAUAUAAUAGAUUUAAACAGGAUCCAGACUCUCAUAACAUACUGAAAUUGAAAAUUACUCAUCAUACCAAGAACCAGGAAAAUCACAACUUUAAUGAGAAAAGGCAACCAACACACACCAAACACUAAGGUGACUCAGAUGUUCAAAUUAUCUGACAAGAAUUUUUUAAAAUAAUCAUAAAAAUGAACGGUUGUGAACAUUCUCAAAACAAAUGAAAAGAAAAAAAUAGGAAAUCUGAACCCAAAAGGCUUUAAAUUACAGGUUCAAUUUCUUUAACUAAUACAAGACUGUUCACAUUAUAUAUAUAUAUAUAUAAUGUCAUAUAUAUAUAAAUGACAUGUCAUAUAUAUGUCAGUUUUUUUUUUUUUUAAUAAAUUUACUUAUUUUUUGGUUGCAUUGGGUCUUCGUUGCUGUACAUGGGCCUUCUCUAGUUGUGGCAAGCAGGGCUACUCUUUGUUGCAGCAUAUGGGCUUCUCAUGGCAGUGGCUUCUCUUUUUGAGGAGCACGGGCUCUAGGCGCACAGGCUUCAGUAGUUGUGGCGUGUGGGCUCAGUAGUUGUGCUGCACAGGCUUAGUUGCUCCAUGGCAUGUGGGAUCUUCCCUGACCAGGGAUUGAACCUGUGUCCCCUGCAUUAGCAGGCAGAUUCUUAAUCACUGCGCCACCAGGGAAGUCCCUAUAUGUCAGUUUUAAUAAGUUGGGUUUUUCAAGGAAUUUGUCCAUUUUAUCUUAAGUUAUUAAAGAUUGACCUAAAGUUAUUCGUAAUCAUCUUGCUAUCAUUGUAGUAUCUCUAGGGUGUAUAGCGAUAUCUCUUUUUUUAAAUUUUCUGAUACUGACGAUUUAUUUUUACUGAGUAUCCUUGCUAAGGGUUUAUCAACUUUAUUAAUCAUUUCAAAGAAUGAGCUUUUAGCUUUGCAAUUGUCUCCAUUUUUACAUUUGGUGUCUGUCACUGAUUUUUGCUCUUUAUUCUUUCCUUCUACUUUCUUUGGAUUUAAUUUACUGUUCUUUUUCUGGCUUCUUGACAUGGAAGCUUAGAUCAUUGAUUUUCAGCUAGUCUAAUAGGUGUGCUUAGAAGUAUAAAUUUCUCUUUAUACAUUACUUUAAAUGCAUUUAGCAAUUUUUACAUAUUAUUAUCCUCUAGUCAAAAUAUUUUUUAAUUUCCACUGCAGUUUCUUUGAAUUGUGCGUUAUCCAGAUGUGUGUUAAUUGAUCAACAUUUGGGAAUUUUAUAGUUAUCUUUUAUAUUCAUUUCUAGUUUGAUACUAUUAUAAGCCAACAUACUCGAGAGUUUCAAUAUUUUGAAAUUAACACUUGCUUUUUGGCCCAUGAUAUUGUAUAUUUGGGGGAAUGUUGCAUGUUUGCUUGAAAAGACUCUGUGUUUUGCAAUUGUUUGGUGUAGACUUCUACAAAUAUCAUUUAGGUAAGGUUGGUUGAUAGUGUUAGUCAAGUGUGCUAAAUUCUUACUGAGUUUUUGUUUACUUGUUUAUCACUUACUGAGAGAAUUAUGUUAAAAUCUCUAAUUAUACUUUAUCUGUUUUUCCUUUAGUUAUGUUCAUUUAUAUAUAUCUUGAAACUAUGUUAUUAGAUACAGAUUUAAAAUUGUUUUCUUGUUGAAUUGACCCUUUUAUCAUUGAGAAGUGUCCAUUUUAAAGUCUAUUAAUUCUUCUUGCCUUAAAGUGUACUUUGUCCAGUGUUAUAUAGCCACAUCAGCUUUCCUGUGGAUAGUGUUUACUUUGUAUAUUUUUUUCUUUUCUUUUACUUUUACCCUAUCUCUGUGUUAGUCUUCUUGGGCUUCCAUAACAAAAUACCACAGACUGGGUGGUUUAAACAGACACUUUCUUACAACUCUGAGGGCUUCAAGUCCAAGAUCAAGGUGCUGGCAGUGUUGAUUUCUGGUGAGACCUCUGUAGUCACUUAUAGAGUGCCUUUUCACUGUCUCCUCACAUGGCCUUUCUAUCAGUGCCCUAGUGGAGAGAGAGAUCUCUAAAUGUCUCUUCCUCUUAUAAGACACAAGUCCUAUCAGAUCAGGGCCCCACUCUUAUGACCUCAUUUAACUUUAAUUACCUCCUUGAAGGCCCUGUCUUCAAAUACAGUCACAUUGGUGGUUAGGGCUUAAACAUAUGAAUUUUGUGUGUGUGGCAGGGUGGGGGGAUGCAAUUGUCUGUUAAGAUUAUGUAUUUAUAUUUAAAGUGUGUUUCUUUUUUUCUUUUUUCUUUUCUCUUUUGCCACACGGCACGGCUUAUGGGAUCAUAGCUCCCCAACCAGGGAUCGAACCCAGGCCCACAGCAGUGAAAGCACUGAGUUUUAACCACUGGACCACCAGGGAAUUCCCUAAAGUGUGUUUCUUAUAAAUAGCAUGUAGUUGGGUCUUGGUUUUUAUCCAGUGUGAUACUCUUUGUCUUUUAAUUGCAGUGUUUAAUUUUUUUACAUUUAAUGCAAUUACUGGUAUAGUUCUGUUUAAUUUUACUGUCUUUCUUUUUGUUUUUUGAUUUUUUGUUUGUCUCACCUGCUUUUUGUCUGUUUUUUUUCCCAACUUCUUUUGUAUUUGUCAAAUAUUUUUAUUACUUAAUUUUACCUUUUUUAUUGGGUGUUUGUUAUUCCUUGUAUUGGAUAGAAUCACUCUUAAUGGUUAUGAUAGAAAUUACAAACAGCUGAUUCACUUUGUUGUACAGCAGAAACUGGCAUAACAGUGUAAAGCAAUUAUAUUCCAAUAAAGUUCUAAAAAAAAAAGUCCCUUAACUUAUUAGAGUCUACCUUAAAUUAAUACUUUUGCCAUGCCCUGAACACUGAAAAAAGCUUAAAAUAGUUUAAUUCUGUUUAUUUUUUUCCUGCUUGUGAUGCUAUAAUUGUGAUAUAUUUUUACUUCUGUAUUUGUUACUUUCCUCACAAGAUACUGUUUUUGCAUUAGUCAGUCGUCUUUUAUCUUUAUUCACAU